ACAUCAUUGAUGUUAAAGUCAAUGUAUGAUCACGUGUUGUGUCACGUGUUUCCACAUUAACGUUAAUGCUUUCCUUUACGUGUCCAUUGAUUUCUAGACACAAUGUAUUCAUCAAACGCUAAGAUCGUUAAGCCUUUGGGCGAAAAAGUGGAUGAAUUUGAAUCAACCAUUUCUCAAGCACUUCUUGAGCUUGAAAUGAAUAGUGAUUUGAAAUCACAGCUCCGGGAACUACACAUUACCGGCGCUAAAGAGGUGGACGCUUCGGGAAAGAAGGCUAUCAUUAUCUUAGUUCCGGUGCCGCAAUUGAAAGCGUUUCAAAAACUUCAGACAAGGAUUGUGCGCGAAUUGGAGAAGAAGUUUAGUGGCAAACAUGUGGUGGUCAUCGCUAAGCGUACUAUUCUUGCGAAACCCACCCGYAAAUUAAAGAGCAAAAGUAAACAAAAGAGACCGCGAAGCCGUACUCUGACUGCAGUUCACGACUCAAUCCUCGAAGACUUGGUAUAUCCGGCAGAGAUUGUCGGCAAAAGAACUCGCAUUCGUUUGGAUGGUUCGCGACUUAUUAAAGUGCAUUUGGAUAAGACAUCGCAGACCACUAUUGAACACAAGACUGACACCUUCACUGCUGUUUACAAACGGCUCACUGGAAAGGAGGUUACGUUCGAGUUCCCGGAACCGCUGUUUUAAUACAAUUAAUGUAUCGAUAAUUAAAUGAAAUAAAUGAAAAAUUA